GCGGCCACGUCGCGGCACCGGGUGCGAGGGGAGCGCCGAGAGCGAGGCGUGGGGCGCUGCUGGGGCGGAGGAGUUGGGGUGUGUGUGUGUGUGUGUGUGUGUGUGUGUGUGUGUGGGGUGGGAUCUGCCGGGCGGCCUUGCCUGCCAGAAGGGCUACGCGAAGCCCCCCGUGCUGGCCUGGGAGCGAGCACCGGCAGCCCAAACCUGUCGGUGUCAAACGUAAAAAGCAGCGGCCCCGCGCUGCAGCAGGUUGGGAUGUUGGUCUCUAUCCUUUCCUGUCACAUGGCUGGUAAUAGGAUCCCUCAUCUGCCACUCGGCACCUCGCCGGGGCGCAGUUACAGGACACAUGCAGUAGGGCCUCCGCUUCCCCGCACUUUGCGCUCUUCUUCCCGGCUGUCCGCGACCACCUCCUGCCCCCGGAGCGCUGGGGCUGCCGCCUGCGGGCGCGGUGCGGUGCGGCCCGGCGGCCGCUGCCCAUGGAGACCCCCGCCCUCGCCGCCGUCCUGGCCUUCUCGGGGCUGGCGCUGAGCUGCUGCCGCGAGCCCGUUCUCUCCGAAUGUUAUACAGCAAAUGGGGCUGACUAUCGUGGCACUCAGAACCAGACCUCCCAAUAUGCAGGGAAACCUUGUCUUUUUUGGAAUGAGACCUUUGAGCAUCCUUAUAAUACUCUGAAAUAUCCCAAUGGGGAGGGAGGGCUUGGAGAGCAUAACUACUGCAGGAACCCUGACGGAGAUGUCAGCCCGUGGUGCUACAUUGCAGAGCAUGAGGAUGGAAUAUAUUGGAAAUACUGCGAGAUUCCAUCCUGCCGAAUGCCGGGGAAUCUAGGGUGUUACAAGGACCAUGGAGAGCCACCACCUUUGACUGGCACCAGCGAGACUUCCAAUAAACUUACUAUCCAAACAUGCAUCAGUUCCUGCCGAAGUCAACAAUUUAAGUUCGCAGGCAUGGAAUCAGGUUAUGCUUGUUUCUGUGGAAAUAAUCCCGACUACUGGAGAUAUGGGGAGGCAGCCAGUACGGAAUGCAACAGUGUUUGCUUUGGUGACCAUACUCAGCCUUGUGGUGGGGAUGGCAGAGUCAUUCUUUUUGACACCCUUAUUGGUGCCUGUGGAGGGAAUUACACUUCUGCUACAGCUGUGAUCUACUCCCCAGAUUUUCCCGACACGUAUGGCACAGGCAAAGUGUGUUACUGGACCAUACAAGUUCCAGGAGCAUCUCAAAUCCACUUCAGCUUUGCCCUUUUUGAAAUCAAAGAUGCUACAGAUAUGGUGGAAUUGCUGGAUGGCUAUACCUAUCAUGUUCUAGCUCGUUUUAAUGGCAAGAACCGACCUCCCCACACCUUUAACAUCUCUUUGGAUUUUGUCAUUUUGUACUUUUUCUCAGAUGAAAUCAAUCAAGCCCAGGGAUUUGCUAUCAGAUAUAGAGCUGUGAAGGACAAUGUGCAUCAAAACAAGAUUCCAAUGAAUCAGACCCUUUCAGAGAAGAUAAAUGAUCAAUCAAAUCUCAGCAUCAAUGCAGCCCGAUCAUCAAAGAUACUUUAUGUCAUCACAACCAGCCCAAGUCAUCCUAGUAGCUCCAUGCCUGAAUGGACAAUAUAUAGUCUCACAGCACUGCUCAUCCUGAGUGUUACAGCCAUAAUAGCAAAGAUACUCCUCCACAUUACCAUGAGAUCCCAUCAGAUACCAUCUGCAACUGAAACAGAAGAUUCCAGUGAGGCUGCUACUGCUGGUGAGAUCUGGAGUAUAUUUUACCAGCCAUCCACAUCAAUAUCCAUCUUCAAGAAAAAGCUUCGAAGUCAACAAGAUGAUUGCAACCCACUAGUGGGAAACUGAAGUGUCUUUUGUUUUACAAGAAUCAAUCUUCUUAAAAUCCAGGUGACUUGGGAAUAAUCUUUUUUUUUUUUUUUUUCCCUCCCAAUUUCAUACUCGUUUUCUAAAAAGUCCAUUUCCAAAGGCCUUUAAGUGACUUCACCUAUCUGCUGUUCUCUUGGAUAUACUAGUGACAACAGAUUUCAUUGUGGCAAUAGUUUUGAAAUAUCUGGUACUCAUCAAAUCCGUAGGGCUGUUAAUUACGGCCUUUAAACCAAUGCACUUAAAAUACAUGUAAAACCCUAUAAAAUUAAAAAUGUCCUGUACCCCUGCCAAAAGUAACUAAGUAUCUGCAGGUUGCGGACUUCUUUUGUCCUGCUUUCCUGUACCACUGUAUUAUGUAUCAGGCUACUUUAGUCCCCUUAUUCUCAAGGCUGAAGACAGAGGUAGAUACUGAUAAACCUUUUCAGCUGCCACAGCAACCAGAGCUUAUUUGCCUUACCGUAAGCAUGUCUAAAUGGUACUGUACGGUAAAGUGGGAGUCAGAGACUUUGAGAAGCUAUCAGCCUGGUUGCCCAGUGGUCAGCUGUUUAUAAAUUUUCUGUUUCUAUAAGCAGAGAUGUACAAUCAAAAAAUCAAAUUCAGGAGGCAAAUACCCUAUGGAGUUUCAGCUGGAAAUGUGAGUUUUGAUGAAGUAAUGCUUACCAGGUCAAGGUCUGCACGAGCAGUGAAGACUUCUAAAUGACUACGUCUGACCCGUCUCUCACCAACGAUUAUGAUAAUUUUCAUAUUCACAGUGAUGCCUCAAAAAACUAUUGUACUCUGGUCUGAAGCCCUGCAUUCACUCUGGAUGUAAGCUUAGGGAUUCGUAAAGGAUUGUCCAAAAAAAUUGCAAAACCACUGAGUUUUUAAACAGUGAGAGUGACUAACACACAUUCUUACUCUGAAGUUAAAGAUACUGAUCUCAGCAGCCUAAGUUAUUACAGAGCUGUAGCCUGCUAUCAACUCACCUACGUCAGGCUGUGGAUCGGAACACGUACGUAACAGUUGCCUUGUUACUUAACCUGUGAGAAGAAAAAGAGUCACCUUGCAUGCAAAAUUAAAACUGAACUGCAUUUUUAAGAUUAAUGCCCUUAAUUGUCAAAGAACUGAAACAUCGGUGAGGAUCCGAUCUGUGAAAUACUUUCUCUUUGAUUGCAACAGACAGCAUUAACUAUUUUUUUCUCUUUGGUAGAGUAUCUGUCCACCUGCAAUGUUCAGAUUUCUCGUCCCACCACUGCAGUGAGUGUUUCAGCCUCAGCAAGAUAUGCAGAGAAAACUGACAAUACAGAAGUCAGAUAAAUUGACUGGAAAAGUUUACUGAGUGAGCAGCUCCUCAAACUAAAUUAGAGGAAAUUCAGUGAGAGCCACUAAAGCACAGUAAUUCUGGUUAAGAUAAAAGGAAUAAAUAUCAGUUCAAACACAUACCAGUGGUCUGUGUAUACCAGACUUGCAGUCAGAGAACAACUAUUAAAUGCAUCUGCAAAAGAUAACUAAGAAAAGUAAGAAAAUUGUCACUGAGUUUAAAUUCAUUAUAGUGUUUGCCCUCCUGUUUUUAACAUAUAACUCCCACCCCUUCAUGUGGUCUAUAGAUUUCCUUGAAAAAAUAGGGCAUCUGAGAAUUAAACACUGAAAUACUGUGCCUUACUUGCCAUUGUAGAUCUAGUCUUUUACCUGAAUUUAAUUAAUUCCAGCUCCAUUUAUGUACCACAGAUGAGUGCCAGAGACAGCUGAGCAAUACCACAAUAAAUGCUUAAUAGAACCAAGACUCUACUGAGCCAGCAAUUACCAAACUGUUUAUAUCAAAAAAUGGAAUAUCAUGGGAACAUCUAGUACUUUCUUGCAUGAGCUGCUGGAAAGAAUACAGGAAAAAAUAAUUACAGUAUCACCUAAAAUCAAGACAGGCUGAGUUGUAAAAUACACUGUUUAUCUGUUAUGUGUCAUCAGUUUGGAUCAAAACCCAUCACCUGUUUCAGACCCAACAAAAAUUUUUAAAUUGCCUUUUAAAGAGUAUGAUUUUGCAUCAUGCUGUGUAGGCAAAGAGUCCACCUCACAGAUUUGUAGCAAACCAAAUUAGUUUGCUUCCCAAGCAUGCUUAAUAUGAUUCACUAAUGAUUAACCAGGAGGAGAGAGUCAGAGUGUAAAGCUAGAUCCGUAAGAGUUAUGAGCACAUUGUAAUGAAUCUUUGUUUUAUUGCCUUAUCAAGUGCUCUUGAGCAGUUAAACAUGAACACUCAAAGGGACAUUCAUAAAGCAUUUAGCUAAUGCUGAUAAACUGAAAAAACGUGGAGAGCACCCCACGACUGAUUUCUACCUACUGCAGAAGGAAAAAAAUACUGCACUGUUAAGCUGCUCUUCAUCAGUAAAUAACUUAAUUUCACUAUAAAACUAUAGAAAGCCCAUUACAAACAACAGCAAAAUCUACUAUUACAAACUACUGCAAAAUCUAGAGAAUUUAGAAACUGAGAUUUUUGCAUUGGUCCCUUAACUAUUUUUUAAAUAAUAAAAUCUUACUUCACGGGCCUUUUUUAGGGAAUGUUUAUCCAAUUUCUGUACAAGGACCCUUAAGAACAGAAGUUACAGCAGAUUAAUUUUCCAUGGCAACAAUGAACAUGACUAAGCAUAAGGUACGAGACAGUGCACAGGUGUAUACACAGUGAUAAAAGUAUACAGGAAAUUAUGUUCCCCUUUCAGAUUGUCUGAUUCUAGAUACCUCUAAUAUAGGAAACAGAGCAAUAGAUAGGAAGAAGUGCAUGGACAGGGUUCCUUAAAUAGCACUUGUUACUAUGCGGGCCUGAGACCAUAAAGAGCAGGUAGAUCUCUGCUGUGGGUUUUUUCAAAAUGUAGUAUGGCCACUCGCACUCCUAGUACAAACACUUCACUGGUACAGUGAUAUAUGGCCAGUGUGUAUGGUGUCCAUUAACACAGCACUUCAUGCUCUUUGCUCUAAGGGUUUGGGGAGAGAACGAAGAAAAGUCUGACAUGCACAACUGUUGUAAUCCCGCAUGGUUCAGCGUACAGGAACCCCCCUACAACACUAGCAGCUGAGUGCUGACAGCUGGAGGGCACUUGAGAUGUUAGUGUUUAUAGCAUUUUCUUCAACAAAUUGAAAAUAACUGCAGAAGAAUUUAUUUGGAAUGGUAUCUGAAUGGCCUUCUGACCUCCUACCUAGCAGUUCCCUCAGUAAGUUGGACAGACUGCAAAUGUGACGUUGGCCACAAUUUCAAAAGCAACUGUUUUGACAGCAAAACAUCAGGAGGAGCUGCCUCCUCAUACACAGGCAUUCCAGCCCCUGCUCUGGCCCCCUCCUCACUCUGUUGUGUUGGUAUGAUUGGCUGUGUGGUGGUGCAAUAAACUGAUCAGGUUAAAAAUUA